AUGUCGUAUUGGUUAUCACAAGCUGGCUGGGAGCGACUGCGUGAUGCAGAUGAAGCGGGAACCAUGAAGACAAUGCUCGGAAAAGGCAGUGAUGUGGAUCCAUUGGUAACGCGAUUGCUAAGCGAUUCGUAUAUCUGUUUCUACCACGAGGAGCCGUCUAGUCACAGCUCGAAUUCUUCCUCAAAUCUAAUUAAUAACAUGAUUCAGAAGGUUGUCAAACCUCUUACAUAA